UUUUUUUUCCCCCCCUCCUCAUUUUUUUAAAUUCCUCACUUAAUAGAAUUAAGGAGAAUAAUCGCGUCACGCAGAUCUCGCUGCGGCGUCUUCUGCGCUUUUCUCAUAGCCGCUGAUCUACACCCCCCUCUGUCUCUGAGGUGGGGAGGCGCGCGUCAUCUCCCAACUGAUGCCCAUUGAUUUAUGAUUUGGUCUUUUUGGUGGGGGGCAUUUAUCGGCCUUGGACUUUCACCAGCUGUCCCCUCAGCCUGAGCGGGGGGGUACCUGUAACUUUCUUCUGCCGCCGUCUUUGCGGGUUUUCCGUCUCAUACGCGCAACACUGUAGCCGGAGAGGCGCGCGCUCGAGGAGCCCCGCAUCGUGCAGAUACGCGCAGCGCUCCAACUCGAGACCACCCACGACCCCUGCCUCGGAGGAGCCGCAGGAGCUCACCGCGUGGACUCAAGACACCCGCAGGGGGAGCGGUUUGAUUUCCCCACCGCCGGCCACCGGACCAACUGGGAUUGUAACACCCCGCCCCGCUGGGAUUUCUGCCAUGUCAGGUGCACGGGACUGCAGAUGGGCCGUCCUCGUCUCUGUGGCGGCGCUUUCGUGUGCUCUUGCAGGUAAAAUCUCCCCGACCGGCUCCGAUGUUCUCCUCGGCCCCUCGGCGGUCACCGCCAGUCCUUCGCCGCCCGACGUGUACCUCCCGGCCAACUUCAAAAUGUCCAACGCGCAACUGGCCUUCUUCCUGCGGGAGGCUCAGAUCGCAGGACAGACGGCCGGCGGUGGCGGCGGCGGCGGCGGCCCGAGCGCCGGACACCCGCUGCAGCGCUCCGAGAGCUUUGUGGUUUUCCAGACGAAAGACCUCCCCGCCAUCAACAUCAGCUUCGGGCCUUUUGCCCGGGACCAGGCCCUGUCCAAGGAGCUGCUGCAGCCCGCCAGCCCGCUGGACAUCCCGGGCCGGCUGACGGUCAACUGGAAGGUGAGGGCCUUCAUCGUCCAGGCCCGGGUCUUCUCCAACAACCCCGUGGUGCAGGUGUUCUUCUACAUCGCCGGCCGCGACUGGGACGACUUCAAGGCCCAGGACCGGCUGCCCUGCGUCCGCCUGCACGCCUUCCGGGACGUCCGCGAAAUCAAGACCUCCUGCCGUAUGAAAGGCAACCUGGCGCAGUGCUUGGCCCAGCUGGAGCUGCCGCCCUCCUGGUUCAACGCCAACGUGGCCCCGCUGGGUCGGAGGAAGGGCUCCGCCGACGGGCUCCUGGACGGGCUCACCGGCGAGACCCUGCAGGCGGAGCUCUACUACACGCUCCACGGGCCCGGCGUGGACGGGGAGUGCAGCGAGGGCUCCGGCCACCGGAGCGCCGGCGGGGCGUUCAGGGGAGAGCCUCUGUCACAGCACCCCCUGCUGCGCAUCGGGAGCAUCAGCCUUUACCAGGCCGGCCAGGAGCAGCUGCUGGUGGACAAGCAGCUGGACAAGAACAUGUUCCUCAGGCUGCCGGAGAAGCCGCUGAAGCCCGGGGAGACCCUCAAGAUCUCCCUCUACCUGAUGCCCAACUCCACCGUGGAGCAGUUCACCCUCAGGGUCAAAGCCAAGAAAGGGGUGAACCUGCUGGAGACCAAGUCGAAGAACACCCAGUGGAAGGUGGACUGGGAGGUCCAGUCGGGCGCCAAGCACUCCAUCACCACCGUCGACGUGAACAAGAACAGAGCAGCCAAACAGGGGGAGGUUCUGGGCAACGUGGAGGUGAUGCAGUUGGAUUUCGAGAUGGAGAACUUCACCAGCCUGUCGGUGACCAGAAGGAUCAACUGGAACAUCGACUACAAGAGCCAGAACCCGGCCCCCGACUCGGAGAAGGUGGUGACGGAGCUGACGGUGGUGCAGCGGGACAUCCAGGCCAUCAUCCCUCUGGCCAUGGACACUGAGAUCAUCAACACGGCCAUCCUGACCGGACGCACUGUGGCCAUUCCCGUCAAAAUGGUCUCCAUCGAGAUGAAUGGAGCCGUCACCGACGUCUCGGCCUUCGUGCAGUGCAAGUCCGCCAAUGAAGACAUUGUUAAGGUGUCCAUGAACUGCGACUACGUGUUCGUCAACGGGAAGGAGACGCGGGGGUCCAUGAGCGCCCGGGUGAUCUUCAGCUACGAGCACCUGAGCGCGCCGCUGGAGCUGACCGUCUGGGUGCCCAAGCUGCCCCUCCAGGUGGAGCUCUCCGACCGCAACCUGAGCUUCAUCAAAGGCUGGCGGGUUCCCAUCCUGCCCGACCGAAGGAGCACCAGAGACAGCGACGCGGACGACGAAGACGAGGAGCGGCGGGUGAGCCGCGGCUGCACGCUGCAGUACCAGCGGGCGCUGGUCAAGGUGCUCACCCAGUUCCACACCACCUCCACAGAGGGCACCGACCAGGUCAUCACCAUGCUGGGGCCCGACUGGCAGGUGGACGUCACGGACCUGGUGCAGGACUCGCUGAAGGUGGGCGACCCCCGGAUAGCCGAGCUGGUGGACCGGACGGUGUUGGUGGGUCUGGAGCUGGGAUCCACCUCGCUGAAGGUGGAGUCGCCGCUGGCCGUGGACGCCGUGCUGGGCGAGUCGGCCUUCUCGGUCACGGACGACAAGGUGUCCAUCACGGAGAUGCGCGUGCACGGGGUCGCCGGCCUGACCCUGUCGCUGCAGCCCAGCCCCGGGAACAGCCACACCAUGGUCGCCAAGGCAACCGGCGUCCAGACGCUCACCACCCCCAAGCAGGUAUGACCAUCGACUGAGACAGAUCUCCCCU